GGAAUCUUACAACAUGAGAGUAAGAACGUACCACCCCCCCCCCCCCUUAGUAAAUACAUCUCUAUAUGGAUCCACCGUAGUAAGUUAUAAACGGUCGCGUGCGUGCCAUCCUAUUUUUUUUGCUCAUUGGCGAUUGCCAAAAUUCCUGAUUCGUCGAAACACGCUAUACUGUUCAUAUUAAUCUGAAUUAAAUACUCAUGAACAUGAAUUGGAAUAGUUUAGCGUAAGAAGAUUCAACACUGUUAGAUUAUAGCCGUACCGGUACUAUUAGAAACAGGGUCUGUUAUUGUAGACCGUUUCAAUUGCUGCUGAAACUUUCGACCAUCUCUAGCUCUGCUCUGGGUAUACUUGGGGGGAGUGACCCUACGAUGAGCUGCGCUGGUGGUUCUGGUGGUAAUCUUCAGCUCCUGUCAUUCUGACGGAUUCUUUUGAACCGAUCAAGACCAAAGGAAAGCCAAAAAGGUCGGAAAUUCCUCAAAAUGGCGAAUGGAGAAGGAACAAGUUCCGCUCCAGCGACAAGUGCAGCACCCAGAAGAGGUAAUUAUCUUUCUUCCCUUCCUUUGCAAAUACUCUUCUACCUGAAUGGAUGGUAUUUUGCAUUUCUUUGGCUAUGUGAAGCAUUGAUGUACAUUUACAAAGGUUCAGUGCUGCCAUACCCCACGGAAAAUCUAGCUGGAGAAUGGGUCCUCAUCUUCCUCCUGGUUGCCAUAGAGUAUGUCAGACUGUUCUUAGGAAAGAAAGGAAACCUGACGGAGAAAGUCGUCCAUCUUGCCGUAUCCUUGGCAUUGUCUGUAGCUACCCUGUUUGGCGCCCUCUAUCUCAUCUUGUGGCAGACAUACGUGUUACGAGCAGAGUUAAUCCUCAAUGCAGUUCUUCUGUGUUUUCUUGGUCUAGAGCUGGUCUUUAGUAUCAUUGCUGUCAUCACAUUUGCAAGGGCCAACCAAACAGCAAGAUGAGUAGUCUACACCGCAGACCCCAUUCAUCUCCAGUACUGAAAUCAGAAACCUGAUGAGGAUUUCUCUCUAAUCUCUACACAGCAAAUUGCUUUUCAGAAGCUCCAAGGACUCAUAACUGUUCAUUUCUUUUUCUUGAUUAGGCUUUGUUUAUUGUUGUUGGAUUACAGUGUGUAGAGAAAUGUUGUAUUCAUGAAGAGUAUUUUUCUGCAUUGCCUUAUCAAAUCCAAAAGAUAAAUGAGCACCAUGUAGCCUGUAUGCAACACUAUGAAUGUUGGACUUACUCCAAAACCCUUGUAUGCUGAAAAUCAUCAACACAGAUUAGCAUACACAGGCAUCAGUUGUGUCUUUUACUUGGAAACAAAUGCCUGUGGUCUGACGAAUGACAGGCUUGUUGAAUUACUCUACAAAUACUAGUUUUCUCUACCAGGAUAAUAUUGGUUGGCUUUGGGGGUCACAAGGUCAAAUGUCACAUAGGUCAUUACAUUAUAUUCCGUCCAUUGCCUCAUAGAAGAACUACAUGUAGUAGGAGGUGGAGAAGAAGGAGGAGGAGAAGAGGAAGAUGAAAGUUGAAAAGGACAACAAUGAAGAAGAGCAGGAAAUAGGAAAAGGAAUAUUAAGGAGGCGGAGGAUAAGCAGAAAAGAAAUCAAUCCUCUACAUGUAUCAUUCAUAUGUUGAUACUGUUCAUAUUGCUAUGUAUUUAUAGAAAAUUUAAAGAUUUUGACUUGAAAAAUGUACAUUUUUGUGUAUAAAAUUAUUGUGUGACAACUGAAUAUUAAAAUGGUCUUGUUCUUUUCUGUUUGCACUGCUGGCAUAGAGUUUGUGUACAUUCCGUACACGUACCCCUGGUUGUCUGCAAACACAGACUCAAAUUUGACACUUCAACCCCGGUGGAGACUAGACUCGAAGCCCUAUAUGUGAAGCUGCCACAGUAUAUUGGCGGAUCUAGUCUUCAUCUUCAGACUCUGCAUUAUGCACUGUGAAAACCAGGGUCUGUGCCUGCAGACUAUAUCCAUGGUACAAGUCUGAUAUUCAUGUAAUGGUAUUGUUUUAGUAUAAAAGUAUGGUGAAAUAAAUAAUUUUGAAUACAUAUUA